AUGAUGGAUCUUCACCACCAAUCCCACUUCUCGGCCUUCACGCGCUUCUCCGAAAAGCUCAAAGACACCACCAACCGGCGCAAACAAAGCGCCUCAAGCCACUCCAUCCGCAACCCUUCCAUCAGCGGCCUCCCCGCAGACGCAGACACAGCCUCCAUGCGGUCUUGGGACUCGGAACUCUCACGAGACAGCCGGCGCAGCAGCAUAGGAAACUACGCGGACCGCGUCCGCCAAAUGUUCACUGCAGGUUCCACGCACCCGGGCAGCGGCCAAAGAAAACGCAUUACAGACCUCCCUGUUGAGGUGCUCCAGCACGUAUUCAUCCACCUCGACUUCUGGGACUUACUCCGCUGCCAGCGCGUAUGCAAUGUAUGGCGGCAACUCAUCCCCGGUGACUCCCCUUUACUCGCCGAGAUGCUGUAUCUGAAACCGUCCCGCAGUCUGCAAAUCUACAAUCUCGUCCCCACAACCUUCGAUUUUGAACUCGACGUUACGCCGCAGAGUAUAGAAGACGGGGUGCAACCGUCUGGCACGCGGUUCUCAGUCGGCGUGCGCAAUGAGAUUAGUCUGAUGAGGAGGUGUUUGGGGCUUAUACGGACGAGCCAAGAGAUUGUUUUCCAUCCGGUUGUUAUGGAUUUUAAUGUUUGGAUUCAGAAUGAGAAGGUUUUGGGGAGGAAAGAUGGGAGUUGGAGGGAUAUGUUGGUCUCUAUGCCGCCGUUGAGGGAACUUACGCUGAGGCAUGGGAGGAAGAGGAGUGUGGUCAAGGUUUUGACUGUGGGGGAUGAUGAGGAUGGGGUGAGGUUGGGGGCGCUUUUUGAUGCCAUGGAUGAGUGGAGGCGGACGUUGAAUUGA